AUGGCAGAGGGCACCCUUGAAGUUGUUCUUGUCGGCGCCAAAGGCCUCGAGAACACCGAUUUCUUAUCUGGUGGUGAUCCUUAUGCCAUUCUCUCAUGCCGAACACAGGAGAAGAAAAGCAGUGUUGCAUCAGGUCAAGGAGCUUGUCCCGAGUGGAACGAGACUUUCUUGUUCUCCAUCUCUGGCAGUGUUGAUGAACUGAAAAUCAAAUUGAUGGACAAAGACACUUUCACACAGGACGACAUUGUAGGAGAAGCAACAAUCCCGCUGGAAACUGUUUUUGCUGAAGGAAGCGUUCCAACAAUGGCUUACAAUGUCGUUAAGGAUGAGAAUUACUGUGGAGAGGUUAGAGUUGGCCUCAAGUUCACUAACCAGAGGAGCAGGGGAUUUAGUGUUGAAGAUGAGAACAUCGGAGGAUGGAGACAAUCUUCUUUGGAGUAA